CAGCACCAUGCGAAAUCACGACUGGAGACAUGGGCGCUAAUCUGCGCCAUCUGUCCCUCUGUGCCUCCUCCUCCUCCUCCUCCUCUGUUCCGUAGCCAUUUUGGCUCUAGCCACUUUGGGUCAAGGCCAUCUACAAUCCGUCCCUCCGCUCUUCCCGUAUCCUUCCCAAGCACCCAGGUGACCACCGCCUUUCUGUGACCAUGGCCACUACUGCGGAGCUCAUGCGGAUAUGUGCCCAUUGUACCCGUCCAUCGCCCUAGAGAGCGCGGCGAACUUCGGGCUGUUUCUUUUCUUCUCGUAUCUGUCCAUCCUCAUCUCCACGAAGCAGCAGGUGAAGACGCCUGCGAGAGCGAUUUGUAGGAUGCUAUGGAGCAGCCUGACAGAGUGGGCGGAGGACACCUGGAGGGUCUUGCGCAGGUGGCCUCACAUGCACGAGAUGGAGCUCGGCCAACGCUUCCGCUACUGCCGGAGGCUCAACGCGACCAUCUGUCGAUUCUUGGCCGGCAUUGCGCUCAUCACGAUCACCCGCUGGUUCCACAUCAACAACGUGAACGGCUUCCGCUACCUCGGGUAUGCCAUGACUUGCCCCCUGAUGCAGGCCGAGCUCGUUCUGCUCAUCGCGCCGCACGUCCCGUGCUACAGGAUUUUGGCGGUCUUCUCGUGCCUCAUCACUUUCGGCAUGCUCCUCACCGGCUACAUUGCGUCUCAGUUCGAGGGGGAGAUGUGGAAGACCGAUUUCGAGACCUUCUACGAGGAAGCCCUGGAAGGUAAUCUGGACAGUCUGACCACAAAGGGAUGGUGGCUGAUGCCGAGCACGGUGAUAUUGUGCUUCCUCUCUUUCGUACAGAUCCCGCUGCUCGGUCUUGUGUACUAUUGCAGCGGCGGCUCGAAGAAUGAAGACCUGCCGAGAGGCUACCCUAAGCUCCUGAUGAUCACGUCUCUCUCUUGGUUGGGCUUCCCCGUCUGGUGGUACUUGUCGUACGAGGGGGCGAGCAUUAUCACGGAGUCUAGGUGGAAUGCCGUAGGUUUUGUGGCCCUGAACAUGGUCAGCAAGGGCGGCUACACCUUGCAGAUGCUCAGCAUGGUUAAAGCGUGGAAGCGCCAGCAGGCCCAGAAGCCAAAGCCUCCAGCCCCCCCGAAGCUCGAGCCGGAACCGACACCCGCGGGCGGGAUGCCAGGCCGAAGGCUCAGCAACGCGACGCUGCCCGACCUGGACGGCCCUGCGGUGCGGGACGCCCCUGUCCGUGUGGCGCGGGCCGCCAAGAGGAACCAGACGGGCCAGUCGCUGCAGUGGUUUGUCGACGCCAUGAAGAAGUGGGAGCCUGAGGAGCCGAACCCCUCGACCUCGACCGCGCUGGGCCCAAAGGGCCCGGUCGAGACGGUGGUGAUCACGGACCCGGGCCAGCUGAACGACGAGCAGCUCAUGCAGGAGCUGGGGAAGCGCCUGGCCGCGCACGGAUCGGGCGGCAAGGGGACGACGAGUGCAUCGCUGAACGCCUCCAUCCGCAAGGCGUGCACCAAGAUCCUCGAGGUCGACGAGAGCGAUGACGACAUGUGAGCGGGGCGGCAGGAGAGGCCGGUGGUGACCACUGGAGAGCUGGAGUCAAAUAACAAAAAACCUGCAGAGAAUCUACUAUCGUCGAAAUGUCUUCAAAGUUGUGAUUUUUAAGCCUUCUGCCUCGCGUGCUAAGCCUUGCCGCCGGCGUGGUAGCAUCGGUGCAGCCGUGCCGUCGGCCGAGCCGUCACCGUGCUCGCUGCCCCAGACCUCCAACGGAUGGACCAAGAUCGAGGGCCUUGCGCUGGUCAAAUCUGGGGAUGGGAGGUCUGGGGCAGCAUUCACCGCCCAUGAUUCCGAAUCUGUCUCGCGCGUCGCCCUGUGAGAAUUUCCAGGACGCGUUUCUGGCGCGCUCGAGAGGCUCGGGGGGGGGGCAUCUGGCCGGUCGCCGAAAUUGGCGGCGGCGGCGGUCUCCUCGCCCUCACGCCACGGGGCCUUCACGAUGCCCCAUCCGUGUUCUUGACCGUGAGAGCAGACUUCCCUCGCUGCUCCCGUGGUCCGUUUUUUGCCCGCCCUGUGCUGGCUUGUGGCAUGCGGUCGCUCGAAUACCACUUCACGUCCCCGGCAGCGGCCCCCUGUGGAGCCCUCUCGCGGACCCGAUCCGAUCGGAUCCCUCUCCUUUUCUUCUGUCCUCUCGCUCUUUUCCGUCCACUCCCCCUCCUCGUCUUCUCUCCCUCCCGCUCCUGCUCUCUUUCAUUGUGCUCGGUCCCCUAAUUAUUGGACCAGCUGUGCAGGCCACUAGUUUCUUCCAGCAUGGUGGCGUCCUCCUCCUCCUCCUCUGCCGGCUGGAAAUCCCUCUGCGCCAUCUGUCGAGCAGGAUGGAUUCGCGAGGGGCCCGGGGCCCGACUCCAGGCGCAAGCACUCGGUGUGAAGAAGAAGAUAGGUCAGCUUCUCGCAGGCGGGGCUGGGAAAGGAUCGAG